ACAACACCACACCACCCGAAUGUAUCCCCAUAACUCGUGAGCCAUUUGGUUUUCAUAAAAAAAUAGAUAUGUAUAUAUAUUAAUUAAUAUAUAUAUAUGCACACGUGUCAGACGAGGUUACAGUAAAAAUAAAUGAGUCAUUGGGAGGAUUGAUUCGCCGGUGAAAGUGAAUUCGCAAAAUAAUGAAAAAAUAUAUUAAUUUUGUAAAUUUGAUGAUCGUAAUAAUCGCGACUGAAGUGUUAAUGUAAAAGUGAAGUGGACAGCGCAAAAGCCAAACAUUUUUUUUUUGUGAAUUUGUUAAAGAAUACGCCAUUUUGUGCUCCAUUUUUCGCCUGAAAAAUCGCCCACAUUUCCCGAUUAUUCUACAUCAAAUAUUGUUGAUGUGUGAUUGUUAAUUUUGGCACCGAGAUUUUAAUCAAUUGUGGAGGAAGAGUUGAGAGGAAUAAAUUAUUUUCCUCGUCGAAUUUAUUCACACGGUGACACAGGAGUGUCCACGAAACAAGAGACAACAGUACGAGUACAGGAACGAGAGGGGGAGCACCAACACUAUUUCAACAAUUCUCCCACUGUGACGUUAUUGGAUGUGUAUGUGUAUGAGGGAAUUGGGGGGGAGAGGAGUGGUUUAGUUGUUGCCUUUCAACGUGAGAUAGUUUUGCGAACACCAACGGGCAAACACCGGGGGAUAAAAAAAAAUCUGAGCUUUGAACUUCUAUCAGAUGAACGAAAAAAAUAAAUAAAAAAAAAUCCCUAACUCUAAUUAUGUUUAAAUUAUUUUUGUAAAACAAGAAGAGAAAAAAAAUCAAUAGCAGAGUUACGAAGUUCAUCCCGUGAAAACUUGUGCUGAAAAUUUUAAGUGAUUUUGUGAAGUGAAUUGAAAAACAUUUUGUUUUUAUCGCCCAUUUAUCCAAAUAAUUAUUCGACAAUUUUUAUCAGUUCAACUGAUUAAUAUUUUUUGAAAAUUUAUUUGGAUGUGAAGACACACCCUUGAAGGAUUUUCACGUAUCAUUCCUUCCUUAUCGCCCGAUAUCUGCAUCCUCCCAGUGUUAUAAGCCUCCCCCUUCUCCUCAACCCUCGUCACUCACUUUAUCCCAUUCCGGGGCGAUCAUCACGCCACGAGAGUCUCUUCUCUGCUGCAACGUGUGUUUUCACCAUAAAAAAAAAUUUAUAAAUUCCCUGAAAAAGUUAUUUUAUAUUAUUUUAUACAUGAACAAAUACAACAGUUAUCAUCGAAUGAAGUACCACAACUCCAACAACAUUGAACAACAUCAAAGUGAUACCAAGUGCAGUGUUAAAAAUCAAAAAAAUCCCACCCCAAUUAUCACAACCAUCGGCUUAGUAAAUUGAGAAAAUUGUGAAGUUUAUAAACCAGCAAUUGUAUUAUUCUUAUCAACGAUUACAAGAAAGCAGAUAAAAAAAAAUUUCAAACAUGUCGGUGAGAAUGGAAAAUGUCGCGCAACCGAGGAAGCUUAACUACAAAAUGAUGGCUACAAAUGGGCCAAGACCGACUUACGCGGGUGCCAAUAAUGGUAAUGCGAGUAAUGCCGGUGGUGGUGUGGGAGUUGGUGUAGGACCUACGGCUGGUGGGCAUGGACUAAAGGGGAGUGCUGGUGGUGGACCCCGUGGUGGUAAUCCGGUACCGUACCGAGCAAGUGGUGCUGGAGCCUGGGGCGCUGCACCAUCGCAUGCAGCAGCCGCUGCGGCUGUUACUGCUUAUGGAUCAUAUCCUAGAUAUCCAACUGCGGCUGCAGCAGCAGCACAAAUGCCAGUUGGACAACAAUUACCGUCAAACGCUAAUCCUUACGCUGCGACUGCUUAUACACAGCAUGCAUCAUACGGAGGACAAAGAGUACCAACGGCUUCGUCACCAGCAAAUACAAACAGUAGUUCCAGCAGUGCAACUGGCAGUCAGAGUGGCACAAUGAGUACGAAUCUUAGCAACAAUGCAAUGCAGGGACAACAGCCAGAACAAUUGUCGAAAACAAAUCUAUAUAUUCGUGGGCUGAGCCAAAAUACAACGGACAAAGAUCUCGUCAACAUGUGUUCUCAAUACGGAACUAUAACUUCCACAAAGGCGAUUCUGGACAAAAAUACAAAUAAAUGUAGAGGUUAUGGCUUUGUAGAUUUUGAGUCACCGGUGGCGGCAGAGGGUGCCGUGAAAGCACUGGUCGCCAAGGGCAUCCAAGCACAGAUGGCGAAAGUGGGUAUCUGGUUGCAUCGUAGACUGGCCAGUGUACGUUGGUUGUGCAUGCAACAACAGGAGCAGGACCCGACCAAUCUUUACAUCGCUAAUUUGCCGUUAAAUUUCAAAGAAAAUGAUGUUGAGGGACUUUUGGCGCAACACGGACAAGUGAUAUCGACUAGGAUAUUGAGAGAUACCUGUGGACAGAGUAAAGGAGUCGGAUUUGCUAGGAUGGAAUCUAAAGAAAAAUGUGAACAAAUAAUCUCCAUGUUCAACGGUAAAGCACUGGCAGGCUCCAAGGAUUUACUUUUGGUGAAAUUUGCUGACGGAGGAAAUAAAAAGAAACCUUACAAGAGUUCUUUGUGGCGAGAAACUGGAGAGGCUUUGGCAUUGAAUUAUGAUCCGUCUACCGUGAGACAAAAUGAAAGUAUAAUAGCUCAGAUAUUACCAGCUGGAGUGGCACAGUAUAAUCGUCAUUACGGUCAAGCAGUGUCCGGUUAUACAGUACCAGGCACCCCGUGGGUCGCCCCAUACGUUUUGCAAACAGGACCGCCGCACAUGCAACAGGUUGACAUGAUGCCAUCGGCUGAUCCAAGCAAUCCACAGUACAGUAUGAUUCCACAGCUUACUACGCAAAUGUCGACGCUUCAUCUUGGAACAAACUACAUCACGGCAAGUCCACAUCCAUACUCCUUCCCAACUUACCCAGCGCCAAGCAUCAUCCACACGAUGCCACUUGGUGAUUCCGAGCAGACAAGUAAUGCAGCAUCGCCAGAUGAUUCUUAUCAACAAUACCAGGCACAGCAGCCCAAGUAGGCAACAGUUUAUAGGUACGAUUACACCGAAGCAUACAUAAGUUAGGGCAGCAGACGAAGAGCAUGAAGAGUCAUUACGCUGGAAAGAUGAAGUAAAAAAUGAAAAGAAUCGAUUGUACACACAAAAAAAAAUUUACGAAUUUUUUCCUUCUCGAUAACAAAAUAUAUAUAAUUCAAUGAAAAAUUGAGGAUGAAAUAAAAGAAUGGUGCAUAGAAUGAUUUUUUUCCGUGUAAGAGUAAAACAAUACUGAUGAGAGAGGAGGAGAAAAUGUUAUGAAAAGAGAAACUUGCCAGCCAUCUUUUAUACAUUUUACCAAGGAGAAAAGAACAAUAAUAGUUAAAUGGAAAAAUUCACAGGAGUUAAGGUAGUAUGAAAGUAGUUGAUAUUUUGCAACAAGUAGGUAAAAGUUAUGACAUGAAAAAAUAAAAGGAGAAAUAAAUAGAAAAAAAAAUUGAAAAUGAACCAUGAACGAUUUGAAACAACAAUUGGCGUCAUCGUUUUCUUUUUUUUAGCAUUAUUAUUGAUUGAUUAGUUCAUUGUUUUUUAAUUUUUUUUGUCGUAUUGGUCGGGAUUUAAACAAAAUAAAAUUCGAAGUUAAAUCAUUGAAUUCACGAUGAAAUUGUCGAUUUCAUGAUGACGAUAUGCUUCCAGGAUAAAUUUAAGUAUUUACGCGUUUACAAUGAGAAAAAAAUAUUGAAAUAAAAAUGGAAAUAAUUCAGGAAAGUGUGAAUGACAAAUGCGUGGAUUACAUAUUUUACAAAAGGAAAGGAAGGCUAAAUCAUGUAAUUAAUUAAAGAAAUGAUAAUGCUGCUCAGACGUUGGUUAGAUUCAACAGUUUUCCAUUCUUCCCCAAAUUUAAAAAGGUAGAAAGACAAAAUUAAAAAAUACAAAAAUUCAGAAAAUUUGUCUUUUACAAAAUUUCAUAAUUUUUGUAUUUUGCAUGGAGUUUUUCAUUUAUUUUUUACAACUGCAAUUUGAAUGAGAAGAGGAAUAAGGUCAAAUGGUACUAAAUUCUGGGGACAGAAGUAUUUUUAUUAAUUGAGUAUUUUUUUUAGAAUGGGAAUUGAAUAAUGUUUUUAUAAAAAUCUAAAUUUUCUUACUCCAUUUUUUUUUACUCUGUUUCGUUUUGAGUUGAGACAUUCCAAAUUAUCACCCUACUUUUUAUUUUAUUCUUUAUUCCUGUAUCGAAGUGGUAAAGGACUAGUGGUGAGUCGAGAUUCUUCAUGUACAGUACAUUUUGCGAAGAUUUGAAUAUUAAUUCAUAUCUUGGAAUAUCGCAGAAUGAAUUUUUGUUGACUAUAGGAUUAUCUGCAGAAAAGUCUGAACAUUUUUCCUUGCUAUCCACUAGUUCUACGGAUAUUGACAAAUCAAUUUGCAACAUCUUGAACCAUCUUCUCCGCUCUACUCUCCUUAAUUAUCAAUUUUAUUUAUUCAUUUUCGGGGGAAACAGGAAGGAAUCUGAGGAGGAAAAAGCGGAAGUUGUAAACAAAAUGAUUAUGACCACUGGGAUAAAAGUCAUUGAGAUGAAAAAAAAAAAUCAUUUUUAAUUGUACAGUGAAAUAACAUAUUUUUUUUUAUCAUCGUGCCUUUUCAGAUAAAUACGAAGAGAAACGGAAGAAAAAAAAUAUGAAAAAUUCUAUCAGACUUGAGGGAAAAAUCUAGUACCUAAAAAAUUAAGGUGACUAACGAAAUAAGGAAGCAAUGAGGAAACGGGGGAAAAAUAUAUUUUUACCAAUUGUUGAAGAGAAACGAAAUAAGAACUAAAUCGAGAAAUUAACAAUGAAAAUUCUCGAAGAAAUUUUUCGAUAUCAACUUUCUAACUUCCAAUUUUACGUAAUUUUUUAACUACUUUUCAAUAAUUUUAUUUAUUUAUCAAUUUAAAAAAAUAAUAAAUACGACAUGUAGAUUUUUUACGGUAGAAUUUACAAGGAAUUCGGGUAAAUUGUGGUGAAAAUUAAAAUAAUCAGUCGGAAGAAAAUUAACAAGUUCAAGACUCUUAGAAAAUGAUAGCAGUGAAAGAUAAGAAUAAAAAUUAGGGAUAAAGAGAUCAACCUUCUCUUCUUCCUCCUCCUCAUCCCUCAGCUAUAGAAAAAAACGAACUGAAAUCAUUCGAUAUCAACAAACAAAUCGAUUGCAUCACUAAUCAAGCCGAGGGAUUUCCCUGCAAAACCCACAGAAAGGACAAAGAAAUCAUUGAUAAGCAAAGAAGAGUAAUUAAAGCUUUCUACCAAAUAAAACAAUCGAGUUUUUUCCUUGAACCGAAACUCGAUGAAGACAUGAUUUUUGUAUGAUUGCAAGAGUGUGUGAAUGAUUGAUUAGAACGCGAUAGUGAGAUGGGGAAAAAAUAAUAGUCUAGAUAGUUUUCUCGAAUGUUAAGGAGAAGAAUCGAAAGAAAAAUUAUUGAUUAUCUGUCAAAGAAUUCUUAUGAUUUCUAAAAGUUAGUGAAAAAAAUGAACAAUUGAGAAUAAAAUGGAAUCAAUUUUCGUACAUCAUCUAAAGUAUCUCAAAAAAUACAUAACUUGAAAACAUGAGGCUGCACUCAUUAUGGAAGCAGGAAAAUUUCUGCUGAGAAAACCCUGAAUAAUAAAUUCUGGAUUCACAAUGUCCAGUAACUUCCGCUAUUAUGACCAUUAAAAAUAUUCAUGGAGCAGGAAUUUCACUGAAUAUCGAAUGCGAUCCAUACUAAUCUUCUACCUCUCACCGUUUUCAUGAUUCAUGAGAUAUUAACUGAGAUAUGGAUAGAUGAAACAAUGAAACAAAUACCAAUAAUGGUUUUUCUAGUUUUUUGGACUAAUUAUGAAUGUCAACUAUUACUCUAUGAUAAGACAAAUAAGGGGAUAUGAAUCGUGAAAAAAAAAGUCACCAAACAUCUUUAAGGAUAGAAAAAAAAGGGAGAACAAAAAAUAGAAAAAAAACGUAUGAAAGAUUUUUACACUGUUGAAUCUUGAAGUAAAUAAUAUAUUUAGUUUAUUUUGGUACAUCACAAUUUGAUCGUGUAUAUGGGUAAUGAACGAGUGAUAAAGUUUGAUCGACUGAGAGACAUUUAAAAAGUUAAUUAGAAAAAAAAAAUAAUUUAAAAAACAAAGAUGGAAGAUGAGAAAUCAAUGGAGAAAGAAAAGAGUGUCGAAAUAUUUUUUAAGGUACCGAUUAUUGUACUCGUGUAUGAGUCAUUUAAAUGGUAAAUUGAUGAUGAUUAAGAACACAAAGAGAUGACGAAGUGAUGAUGGAAAGUGGAGUCAAUGAUGUAACGUAAAAAUAAAUGUAAACGACUAAUUCAAAAUCCUGAGACUGCAAAAAAAAAAUGAAUAAAUAACAAAACGACUGCGUCAUGUGAGAUAAAUCUAGGAGGUCUUAGAAAAUGAUAUAAAGAAACAAAACAAAUGAUUAAAUUCUCAUGUGAUUGAAUAGUAAAUUUUUGCAGAAUUUUACUAAAACGAAAAGUAAAAACAAAUCUAGAGAUCUUGUAAUAAACUUAAUUGUUAAUUGCGACGACCAAAACGAGUUUUUUUGGUGUUUGAAACGGGGGCAAAUGUAGACUUUGACUGGAAUCGCAAAGAACAAUGUUUUGUCUUUUUCAAGACAAAUAAAAAGCAACAAACAAAAUACUAGAGAUUGGAUUAAUGGAUGAUGACGAUGAUAAAACGUCUCUUACUGUAUAGGAAAAAAAAGAAGAUAAUGACGAUGAAUUUUUGCGAGUAGCUAGGGAUCUUAGAAUAAUUUAUAAAUGAUAAAUGAAAAAGCAAGAAUAAUUUUGUUUUUUAAAAAUUAGAUUCUAAUAAGUAAGAAAAUGCCUAGAUUUUAAGGAUUAUGUAUAAGAUAGAUAGAAUUUAGGAUGUAGUUAGAAUAACGACUGCCUCCUCUUUAUUCGUUAGAAUGAAAAAAAAAAUGAAAAUAUAUACCCGUUUCUAUGAGAAUGGACAGGCAAAAAUCUGGCAUGGUUCGUUUUAUGGAAUUGUUCAAUUUUCUAAGCCAUUCUCUAGAUACUUUUUUUAAUUUAUGGGCGGGUAUUUUUUUUUUGUUAGAUAUGUGAGAUUUGAGGCAUGUUUUGUGAAUUGGGGAACGGGAUUUUAAUGAAGAAUGGAGAUGGCGAAACCGUUCAGUCUAUGCACCUAGGGCCCGUCAUGACUGACUGGUUUUUAUUUUAUGAAUAUAUUAAUGUGUUCUGAUAAGAAAAAGUUAUCUAUGCUUAGGUAAAGUCCCUCGAUAUUCGACAAAAAAUCAUCAACUAUAACCAAAUUUCAAGCCCCCCCCCCCUAAACUUUGAAAAAAGAGAAUUGUUUUUCUUUAGAACCCUUGCCAAUGAUGUCAGUGCAAUGAUGGUAUAAAUUUUUUUUAAUAACAUCUGAAAAAUGAGUUGCGUAUUUGGAUUCCAUUGAUUGGAAAUGGCACAAAAAUUUGAUAAGAAAAGCUCUCUUUCAAGCUGAAACUAAAACUGAUUGAAAUUUUAAAGCAAACCAAUAAGCUAAUUGUCAUUGCGCAUUUGUACACUUUAAGGGCAUAUGAUUAUGCCCUUACUAUUUAUGGGGCACCUCUAACGACCACACGUAGCUGUCGUCUUUUCAAUCGCAGUUUUUUCCUUCCGAUUUAAACAAUUUUAUGAAAGAAAUACCAAUAUAUUGCAAAUAAUAUUCUAGCGAUAUCUUCGUCUUAAUGGAGCACAUCGAUAUAAAUAGACGUGUUUUACGUACAUUAUUAUUUCAUUAAUGAAUAAUUAGUUGAAUCUAUGAAGGAAAUCGUACACAACAAAGUACAUUUUUCAAGCAUAUAAAAAUGAAAGAGGAACAAAGAACUGUUGUUGGCUGUGCUCCGCGGGUCGGGUGCUUGGGCUGGUCGGCGAUGAUAAUUUUCAUUUCUUCAAUAAUUUUAUCAUGGUGUGAUGAAAAUUUUAUUUUGUGUACAUUCUAAUGAAUGAAUUCACAGUGAGAUGGUGAAAUGGAAUAAGAAAGUGCUCGGCAAAACAUACGCUCGAUGGUAGAACUUUUUCAAAUAACUUAUCCAAUAAUUUCUAAUUGAAAUUAAUCAUCAAAUCACCUUCUCUCUCUGCGUUUCCUCACUUCACUAUAAAAUUAGAGAAGAAAAAUUCAUGAAUAAAUAAUUUUUGCUUCGAGUUUUAUUCUUUAUUAGAGUAAAUAAAAAAAUAGGAUUCACGAUGAAAGUUUACUUUCGAGGUGAAGAAAAGAUAAUUGAGGAGACAGAAUUACUUUAGGAAAUGAACAUGAAACAAGAAAAAAAAACAUGAAAAAAACCCAAUUUUGUAGAUUCUAGAGUCCAUUGAGACGUUAGUCCUUAGGUUUUAAGGUUUAAAAAGGUAGUUAAAGGUAAACAGAACCGAGAGAAAAAAUUAUCGAAAACUUAAAAAAAAAACAUACAUUAAAAAAAGAUUAAGGAAUUUAAGUGAAGUGUAGGGUGUUUUUAAGUAAUGUUUAAGAUGCGAGAAUGACUAGGAUUAAUUAAAAAAAAAUUUCCUUUUCGAUUGUAUGUGAAAAAAAGAGAGAGAUAGAAAUGAGUGGUGGAGGGAAUCACAGGAGAGAUGAACAUACGGCUUAAGAAUUUUAUUCUAUUGAAAAUAAGAAAGAAAGACGAUGUGAUGAUGAAUUAAAGACUCCUACGGUCGUUAACGGCUUUCGUUUCAGUUUCUCUUCGAUGAAAAAUUUAAAAAAAUAAAUAAACCUGGAAAAUGAUGUUGGAUGGGUUAAAGACGAAGUGAAAGAAGAAAAUAAUUACAUAUUCUUCUCUGCGAAUAUUUUUAUUCGCGACUGAAACGAUGCUUAUACGGCAAUUAGGCAGGAGACUCUUUGUACAGUCUUUUUCCUUUUUUUUAUUAUUAAAAAAACUUUUCUUCUUCACCUCUUUUAUUUUGUUAUUUUUACGUAAUUCAUUGUUUUUAAAAUAAAAAAAAUGAAAAAAAAGGAAUAGAGAGUAGAUUUGUUGCAGAGAGACCGGAUGAGUGGAAGAGUGUUUCUAGAUUUUAAGGAAAAAGAUGGAGUGAUUAAUAGCGAAUCUUUUUAUCUUUUUUUUUUUUGACAAGAAUAGACUUGUAGUAAAAAUGACAAGGAAAGAAACAAAAUGAA